AUGAGCUCUGAUGGGAUGUUAGCUGCCUUACCCAGCGGAUCAACACCUGAUAAAGACAAUAACAAAGAUGACGAAUUAAUAAUGCUUCAUCUUCGCAAAUUGUUUGAUGAGUUUAUCAAUUUAAAAUCAACCUUGACAGACCAAGAUCGGGAUGAGCGGUUAUAUCAAAUGCUGCCUUUAUAUUAUAAUGUGACGAACAAAACACAUCUAUUAAAUGAAGAAAAAAAAUCACCUGCUAGAUCCCAGUGUCCGAAUUGGGAAGGUGAAGCAGCAUUUUGUUAUCAAAUAAGUCAGCUUUUGGCAAGGGAAAUAAAACGAAGAGCAUUAAAUCAGAGCACAGAAACAGCAUCAAAGACGAUUGCUUCGUUCUUAGAGCCGCACGAUGUAAACGAAUGUUAUGAAGAAAAAGAAAACGGCUGGAUUCUAUUAACGGUAGUGGGUGUAAUGGCAACGAUUAAUCAUGACAAUUCAUUACAAGAGAUAAUGAUAAAUGCGACACUACCAUCUACAUUAAUUCGAUGUAUAUAUCUGUUUUUGGAUCUUCCCGAGGAAAGAAACGAACUACCCGCAAUUGAAAUAUCCUUAGACGUAGAGAUGGAAAGGCCCAUAUUGUUAUACAAUGCCUUUUCACAGAUUCUACUGCAACUUUGUGCGAACCCAUUGGCAGCAGAAGAACUGAUUCGUGUAGAUGAUCUAACCCUAUUGUUUUCAACUAUUACUGCACAAUAUGGUCCCUGCAAUCGUCGAUGGCGUGCGUUAGCCCGUGAUGUACUACGGAUUAUCGCGAGACAUGGAAUUAGUGAUAAAAUUGUGCAGUACAUUCAUGCGAAAGGAUGCAUAGCACUUUGUGUCGAUAACAUGCAAAGAUCGAUAAGUUCUAAGCCCCCGGAUACUGUGGAAAUGUUGCAAUCUAUAUUUGAAUUCCUACAACAAUCCUCACGAUUCUCUCAAGUAUUGUUGGAUGAUUUCAAACAUUGCCAAGGAUAUCUGUUUUUGGUCGAUUUUCUAAUAAAAGUGGACCAAAGUUUUAAACCAGACUUAGACCAUAACGAAGAGUUUGUCGUUGAAAGUGUUUUUCAGAAAUUAAUGCCAAUGAUCGUUUCAUUAUGCUACUGUGGAUAUUCUCAAUCGUCACAGUUACACUCAAUAACUGAUUUUUCAAAAUCCCAUUCCCAAGGAAGAAGAAAUGCGUGUGUUAGAAACCUUCAGGCCUUUCAGGUUCUUCAAACAGUUUUUCUACGUUCAUCAAAUACUCUCCUUUGUUGUUUGAUACUUGAUGCGAUUGCUGAUGUAUAUAACAGUGACGAUGCAAACUAUUACGUAUUAGAAUCUCAAAACACGUUAUGUAUAUUUGCGGAAAAGAUGUAUCAGAAAGCAAAAACGGUGCAAACAAAAUUUUUCAAAAUGGUCGAAUUUAUAGUGUUUCAAUUGAAUGUUAUACCCCGUAAAGAAUUGAUUGCUUUUUCAGUGCUGCUGAAAACAAAUCAAGCAAUAGAAACAAGCAUUGAAUGUACACGUACAUUUUUGCGUUUGUUAAAGCAUAAUGUCGUUUUUGUGGAUGUAUAUCGUGAAGUUGGGAUACUAGAAGUUUUCGUUACAUGCAUGAAGAGAUACAAAGAUUACCUGGGGAAAAACGUGGAUUUAACAACACCAUCAUGCACCUGUGACAAAGAUAAAAUUGAGCAUAAACGCAAAGCAUCUUUGACAACUGCUGUGGAUUCGGAAGAAAUCUUAGGACUCUUGAUAAUGGAUGCCCUCGUUUGGUUGUUGAAAGGUAACUCGAACAAUGCAACCAUCUUCAAGAACAGUGGCGGCAACAAAUGUGUCUACGAGAUGAUAAAGACCAAUUAUUAUAGCGUAGCUAUUUUGAAAAUUGUUAAAGAACUUAUCUCUACAGUUGGUGGUGAAGAUGAUAUGUUGCAUUUAUUAAAAUCAAUCAAUGCUUCUACCGAACAACGGUCGAUCUGCAUAUCUACACGAAUUAAAGUUUUGCAAUCAUUAAUUGAUUGUCUUAAGGAGAGCCACCGUACCAGAUCAAUUUUUCGAAAGGUUGGAGGUUUUGUAUACGUUGUUAAUGUAUUGGAUUUGCUAAAGAAUCAAUUUGUUGAAAGGCAACGUUGGGAUGGACCUAGCGAAAAUCAAGUUUUGUUAUUUCGCGUCGUUUGCCACACGCUCAGUGUAGCCAUGCGCUUUGAACCGGCAAACGCGAAAUAUUUUCAAAAUGAGGUUGCAAAUACCUUAUUUUUUGAAGCUAUUCGAGAUUUAGGAUGCUUUUCUAAAAAUGAAAUUAUACGACCAUAUGCUUCCGAUAUCGAUGAUCAUCUUGAAUACACCCGUCAACAUCGUUCAACCAUGAAUUCAAAAUUGAUAGAUGCUUACGCAAAGAUUUUCAGAACAAUAUCUCAGAAUACAAAUGAUCAUCCAUCACCAACAACAAAACACGGUGAUGAUCUUUCUAAUGCUCCGGAUAGUAUGAUUUUACCAUCAUUACGUGCUGUUUGUGUUGUAUAUAGAACUCUUUACGAUAUUGUGUUAGAUGGAUUUGAUGGCCCCCAAAUGAUUGAAAUGUUCCACUACAAAUCCGUUACAGACACCACAGAUCAAACAAUCAAACUUGGUAAUCUCACCUCUUCUCGAUCACCGAUUACCAUAAAUGAUUACCUAAUUGUACAUCCAUCUAUAAUUGUAUGUAUGCUAAAGUUAUUACCAUCAGUCGAAGAACAAUGUUUGUCAAGCACAAACGAUAGCAAAAUUCCUGAAUGGAAAGGUUUGACAGAAAAAGCGAUGGCAUUACAGUACUUUCUUUCAGAGGUAAUCAAAUCCUUCGUAGUUCGUAGUGAACGCAACCAACAGAUUAUGUGCGAUAGUGGUUUAAAUGAGAGUAUACUGCAUAUCUGUAAGGAAGCAUUAAUCGAUGAAAAUCAUCCACUGCAUUCAUCAUUACAAUAUAUUUUUGAACGACUAGCAGUGCAAGCUCUACUACCCAAAGAAUUACGUACAUUUCUUCGUUUAGAACUGAAUUUCGUAAAUGAGCAUAAUUUAUGUACAAAUUACGCAAACAACGCACACAACACAACAUCAGCCAAUUUUGUACCACCUGUACCACUUACUAGAGUAAAAACGUUGGUUUCAAUAACGACACCCCGUGACUUUAGAGCCCAUUCAGGUUCUUAUACGAUGCCUCCCUUCAUUGAAAUGGAUAUGUCGACGGAAGGUUUCGCUUGUAUUUUUUUUCCAAAUAUUGCACCAAAUCAGUUGAUGUACAUGCAGAGCCAAUCUACAAUAUUACCCCAUAAACACGAUCGUUCCAAUGCAAUAGGGACGAUAGGAAUCAGAACAAUGGACAGCAAUGUGAGCGGAAUUUCUGACGGCCUCGGGCUAAGUGCUUCAUUUUCCAGUGGGGCUGGUGGAAAUACAAAUGUUGGCCCUAGUCUUCCAAUAGAAACAACCAAUUCUGGUGGCAUAGGAUCCGGUGAUAGAAGUUUUCCUUCCAAUAGCGGACUAACGUUUAGCACGUGGUUUUAUGUGGAGCGAUACCCACUCGCUCCCCUUCCAGAACGCCAUCCCAUCAGACUGCUGCAUAUUGUUCGAUUAGAAGAUGCAUCUAGUGAUGACGCAUCUGUUGUUUUUAGCAUCCUGAUAUUACCUAGCGAUAAAUCUCUCUCUGUUGCAACUCAGCAGUUUCCGUUCACACAAGAAUAUGCAAAUGUUUACAAAGAUGAGCAUUCAACACGGGUUUGGUGUCCAACUUUUAUCCAAGAAUGUCAAUGGCAUCAUGUGGUAGUAACGCUAGGUAAGGUGUCGCCUAAAUCCUCGCUGCUUUCGAUCUAUCUAGAUGGUCGACAUGUGCACUCGCAGAAAAUUCAAUCCAUUUCAUCAAGCUCUGGGACAAGCUUAGCACGGAAUUCUGCUUGUGCCUGUUUACAUGCAUUCAUUGGAACACCACCAAUAUGGCGUAUGUAUUCCAAACUGAAUUGGAAGCAAGGAAUUUGUCACCUUGUUGAUGACUCCUUCGAUGCCUCUGCUGUAGCCCGUGUUUACAUGCUUGGACCGCAUUACCUUGGAUCAUUCCAGGACGUGCGUCUAGAGGAAAAUGAACAAGUUAAUCCAUUAAUUAUGGAAGAUAAACUGGCAUUUAGCAUCAAUCCCAAGGCCUCUUCAUUUAUGACGCUCUCCAAAAUACGUAAAUUAUACAACCGUACCGAUGCAAAGGCCAUCGGAAAACAACUUGGUAUGAGUUCACAUGACAAUGCUACACCUAUUGUUGUAUUACAUAAUGCCGCGGGUCACUUGAACGGAGCUGCUCGGACACUAGGUGGAGUACUCGUUGGGUACUUAGGCAUUCGAAGUUUUAUUCCAUGUCCCGUUUCGAUGACGAUGAACACAGUAGGAGGUUGUAGUGUCGUGCUUGGUUUGGUGGCUAUGUCUCACAAUAUCGAAAGUCUGUACGCUGCCGUCAAGGCACUGACAUGUAUUUUGCGCACGAGUAAAUCAGCCAGGCAGGAAAUGAAUCAACGACGUUACUAUCAAACGCUCAGCAUGUUGUAUAAACGUAAAAAAAUGCUGCUCAAUUCCCACAUUCUGCAUCUUACUUUUAAUUUGGUUGGCACCGUCCACAGUGGUUACGAGUCUUCCACUAUUCCAAAUGUGAUUGCUUUUCAGGACUUGUUGUGCGAUUUUCCCAUAUGGACGGAUCCUUCUAACGACCUGAUACGGCCAUUAUUAGAACAUCUAUUGGAAUUGGUGACGGAAUCGAAUGAAAAAAUUGCAAAUAUCAAAAUAAUGCAAGAUUUACAGUGUGUGUCGAAGUUGUUGUGUAUAAUAGAAGACAUCACAGAUGAAGGAGCUCUCAAAGCACUAUUUGCCCUUCUACAAGCAUUGCUCUCGUAUCAAACAAGAUCUAACGAUUUGUUAUUAUUUGGACAAUAUAUUGUUAAAUGCAUUCCUAUGAUUGAAGACUCAAGGAAAAUAACUAGCGAACAAUUGACGGAUCGUCACGUACAUCUGCGGAAUUGUUGUUUAAGUAUAUUACAUCAUUUACAUUUUGGACCAAAUAAUGCUAUCAAUUGGCGAUUAUGCGAUGAUAUUGUCCGUGUACUAGGACUGGAAUGGCUACUUAUGUUAAUGCAACCGCAUUUACAUCAUUCUACGAUGCUGUGGGCAUUCCGGAUAUUAGUCAUUAUGUUAGCAAGGGAGCCCAUUAGUACUCGAUUUCGAGAAAAAGUCCAAGCCCCAAACGGAGAAGAAGGCUACCUAAAAAAUACCGAAAUUAUUUUGCAAUCAAGAAAUGCGAUUCUUAUUUCGUCGUCAUUACCCGCACAAAGUACUGCUGGUUCCGUAAAUGUGAAUUCAGACGAAAACUGCGAUACGAAACAUUCACCACAACUAAUAGGGUUUCCAUUCCUAGAAUGGCUACUACACCAUCGAAUAGAUGUUCCAGAAAUAUUUUCUUUGUUGAUCGCUCUGGUAGUCGGGUACCCUGUAAAAUCAUCCAUUGUUCCAACGAAGGAUAAAAAUCUUCAAUCAAUAUGGGCAUCUCUGUGGACAUCAGCAACUGCAAACGCCCACGUUGGUGGAACUAUAGUUAUGGAUAAAAUAACGUUUUGUACAGAAGCAGUAUGCAUUUUAUUAGGCAUAAUCAGAACCAUCGUGCACUCCGCGGAACCUGACGAAGUAGAAAGGAUACAUGUAGGAGAUGUUCCAAAUCAUUUGCUGCAAUCUCAUCCAUGUGAUGUAUUAGAACUGCUCCAAUCGUUCUACACAAAUCUUUCUGAUUUCACUCCAAUUGCCAUGAGCGAGGAGGUUAUCGUUUCGUUAAUAGCUGUAUUGUUUGCCCCUGCUGUGACCCCAAAUGUCGACAAUGCACCAAAGCAAUCUAAAGAAGAAGGAACAUCUAAUUUUCUAUUACAACAGAUCCCAGUUGCUUUACCGUACCACGAACCAAACGUUAAUCUUUUAGAACAAAAAUCCCUGAAAAAUCUAAUAACGCCUGUCGUUAUGGAUUUUCUACAAACGCUCGUUAUUGAUUCACUUUCACUGGCUAAUCCAGGGAAAACACCGCCUGUAAUAGAUAUGGUGCUUGAAUUUUUCAUUACCGGUGCUAACAUUUCUGACGAACAAAGGAAACAUUUUCUAACUGAUUUAAUUUCAUUGCUAAUGGAUAGCUUAGCAACAAUCAAUAUCAUGGUGGAAGGAACAAUCCCUGCAAUCAGUCACUCUCAACUAACACGUAGUGGCAAACAACACGUAGCUGCAAACGUGUUUUACUUAACCACUCGAUUUGUUGAUAAGCUCUGGCAAAAUAUGCUCUUGAUUGAUGGCCGCCAAAUAUUCGAUUACUGCGUGCGUCUAAUACAACAAGCGAAACGACGUGCAGGGCGUAUAUUUUCUUCAUUGGCGAAUGGCGAAGGUUUAAUCAAUGGUGGUAAUAGCACCAAUAUUUCAGGCAUGGGUUCUUUAGAACCUUUGUAUCGCUCGUUGAACAGGUGUAUACUCUAUCUCCUCGCACACCCACCUUGUCCUGCGGAUGUGUCAUUAGUGGAUAUUUUGCAAAGGCUAAUACAUAAUCGCUUAUUAGUGUUCGGCGCUGGAAACCAUGAUCCGGAUUUCUUUGGUAGUUUGACAUACUGUUUGUUGCAACUGUACCACGGCGAUGGUAGAAUUGUAACCACUCCAACAAGCGCAGGACAGGGAGGAACAACAACAUGGCAUGUUGAACCGCCACUGGUUGGGGACAAAAAUGACGCUGAAAAUGUUAGUUCCGAAACGCCAAUCGAUCAUCGAAUAUCAGAGCUAAUGAAUCUAUCGUUCAGAGUAUGGGAGGAGCUGUAUGUGUGUAAGAAACCGGUAAUAGAAGAAAUUUUCAAAGUUACUCUUACCCAUCCUUUACGGAAUGCUCGUGCGCCGAACAUGGAACGAACGCAUGCUCAGAUUUUUGAAUCUGCAUUGAAACAUUGGCUAUCCUAUGUCGAGGGAGAGCGUCGCUCGGCUUGUCGAUGUCCUUGGGAUGCCCAAAAUAGCAUACAAUCAAAGAUACAGAAGGUUACCGGUGGCUUAACGCGUUUGACCAGCCGCACAAAAUUGAAAAAGGAACCCUACAAACGACAGAUUAGACGCAUGGAUGAGUUUACAUUUGAUGCUGUAAGUCAGCUAGUAACUACUAAAUUGCAGCUAGUGCACGACUAUUGGGAAUUCCGUUCGGCACAACAAACAAACAGCUAUUUACAUACUAAACGGUAUGUCCAUCAAGACUGGCUACAAGUGGAAGCAGAAUUGAUACGUGAACGAGCUAUCUGGGGUCCAGAAUGUUGUGCAGAUUUCACAAAAUGGACGCUAGACAGUACAGAAGGUCCAUAUCGAAUGCGCAAAAAAAUGCUAAAAAAUGUAUUAUUUUACGCGCAUUACCCUCCGCGCCCAGAAUUGAUGGAACUCUCUGCUAACAGCGAUCACAACCAGCAACGGCAAAUCAAGAGCCGCGUGGCUAUCAGUCACGAUAGUGCGAAAUACAGUAAAUUCGUACAUAUGUAUCGCAACAUGUUUCCUGAACAAUUCGAACAAGAUGCAUCGAUCGUCGGUGGAUCGUUGAGAAGUGAUAUGCUCACGAGUCAAUCAAGCGAGUAUGCAAGCUGCAGUCGCGUCAAAAACGAUAUUCAUGGAUAUUGUUUAGAAAAUGAAGAAGAUCUAUCAUCGUCAUUACCAGAUAAUCAAAUACUUCUACGAUUGUUGGAAGAAAAAGAGAAGGUUUCUCACAUAUUCCGUACAGCUCGCAUACAAGGACUGGACACUUACGAAGGACUUCUUUUGUUUGGAAAGGAAUACUGUUACAUUGUGGAUGGAUUCACGCUACUUUGCAACCGGGAAAUACGCGACAUUGAUUCAUUACCGACAGACAGUUUCGAACCUAUUUUACCUAGCACAGCCUCGAGCAACAGUCAUAUAUCGCGGAGCAUACGACAAUGUUCCAAAAUAUUUUACGAAGACAUCCGCGAAAUUCACAAGCGCCGCUAUUUACUGCAACCAAUUGCUUUAGAAGUUUUUUGCGGCAAUGGACAGAAUUACUUACUAAGUUUUCCUCAAAAAGUGCGCAACAAAGUUUUUCAAAAACUAUCAUCCAUGGCAACGCACAUAGCGGAUAAUGCACAACAGUCAGUCGCAGGUCAAAAAAGAGCAGCAAGUGUUGAGCAAAACGCGGGUCUAUUCAGUAGUUUGAUUGGCGAAACAUCCGUUACUCAACGCUGGGUUCGUGGUGAAAUAUCAAACUUUCAAUACCUGAUGCAUUUAAAUUCCCUGGCUGGACGAUCGUAUAAUGACUUGAUGCAAUAUCCCGUAUUCCCGUGGAUUUUGGCAAACUACGACUCUGAAACAAUAGACUUAAAUGAUCCAGCGAAUUUCCGCGAUUUGGCUAAGCCAAUGGGAGCCCAAUCUCAGGAACGGUUGGAACAGUUUCAAAAACGUUAUAAAGACUGGGACGAUCCUCUUGGUGAUACCCCUCCGUAUCACUAUGGUACCCAUUACAGCUCAGCCAUGAUCAUAUGUUCGUACUUGGUUCGACUAGAACCGUUCACGCAACAUUUUCUACGCCUGCAGGGAGGUCAUUUUGAUCUGGCUGAUAGAAUGUUUCACAGUAUUAAGGAAGCCUGGGUUUCUGCGUCUAAGCAAAAUAUGGCCGAUGUAAAAGAAUUAAUUCCUGAAUUCUUUUAUUUACCCGAAUUUUUGGAAAAUACUAACAGUUUUGAUUUGGGCUCGAAGCAAAAUGGGGAGGUGCUAAAUCAUGUGGUGCUACCACCAUGGGCUAAAAAUGAUCCUCGUGAAUUUAUCCGGCUUCACCGAGAGGCGCUGGAAUGCAACUACGUUAGUCGUCAAUUACACCUGUGGAUCGAUCUUAUUUUCGGAUGCAAGCAACAAGGACAGGCAUCCAUUGACGCGGUGAACGUAUUUCAUCAUCUUUUUUACGAAGGAAAUGUCGAUAUUUACAAUAUUGAAGAUCCACUUCAGAAGAGCGCUGCAAUAGGUUUCAUCAACAACUUUGGUCAAAUUCCGAAACAAUUGUUCCGAAAACCACAUCCUGCUAAGAGAAUGUCGCCGAUGAAACAGUUUUCCAUGCUAGUGGACGUGAGUCCGCUUAUUCCCCCACUAUCGCCGAUUGGGAGUACACCAACUAUAAACUACGAAAAAAUAUUUUAUUAUCAUCUAAACAAUCUCAAACCCACUCAACAUCCCAUCAAAGAAGUAAAAGGUCCUGUAGGACAAAUCAUACAACAUGAAAAAAAUGUGUUGGCAGUCGAACAAAAUAAGAUUCUUAUUCCAAGCGCAUAUAACCGGUAUGUGGCCUGGGGAUAUGCUGAUCAUUCGAUACGUGUUGGCAGUUACGAUUCAGAUCGGCCAUCGUAUGCUUGGGAAAACAUCGACCACUCUGGUGAAAUUCUCGCCUGCACUUGCCCCAAUACUAAAAUGUUGAUCUUAGCCGGCACUAGUUCUGUACUGUCAGUGUAUAAUAUCGAUAUAAAGAUAAAAAAAAUAUCUCUCAAACAAACGUUAUUUGGGCACACAGAUGCCGUAACUGCUCUUUCUUCGAGCAACGCAUAUAAUAUAAUAAUAAGUGGUUCGCGUGAUCGUAGUGCAAUAAUUUGGGAUCUCGCACGAUUAUCUUAUGUCCGGCAACUGACCGGACAUACGGGAGUUGUGUCUGCCGUCAGUAUUAACGAGUUAACGGGUGAUAUAGCUACAUGUUCUGGUACUUGGCUGCAUAUUUGGUCUAUCAAUGGCCUUCAAUUAGCGGCUGUUAAUACAAGCAUGAGUUGUUCGGAUCGAAUGCAGCAGAUACUUUGUGUAGCAUUUUCAAGUAUUCGCGAAUGGGAUGCGAAUAAUGUAAUAAUUACUGGUUCAACCGAUGGCGUAGUAAGGAUGUGGUCAGUAGAAUUUGUGUUGCAUAAAAAACACAAUUCAACAGAGCAACUGUCAGCAUUCUUACCUGAACACAAAGACAAUAAUUUACAAUCAGUAAAAGGGAACGUGCAAUGGGAGAGAAGAUUAUGUUUUAGAGUGGAAUUGACUAUGCACACUGCUUAUGAUUACAAGGUCAAUACAGAACCGGCAAGCAUAACUACGCUUGCUAUAUCCAAAGACCACCGCACAGUUUACGUGAUGCAAGAGGUCGGGUGUAUGCGUGGUCUGCUACAGAUCUUUCCUGUUCUAACAAUUGCAGAACCGUUAGUGGAAUGGUACCUCAAAACUUCAAUAAAUGUUCGAGUUUAGAUCAUUGAUAACAUAAGAAAGGAAUAGAUGCGGAGAAGGUCGAUAAUAUCGAGUUAAUUAGUGCAUACCCACCAAAUAGUAUUAAAUAUUAGAAAACACGAUUCAUUAUCGCAUUUGUUUUUAGUCUCAUAACAUGUUGACAUAAUGUUAAUAGAAGAAUAAAACUAGGUGUGUUACAGUUAGUAUUAUCGAUUGUAUUGACUAGUCUAAAACUA